GGACGGCCGCCGCACGCCCAACCCGCGGCUCGGGAGGUGGCUGAGGAGUGAAUUUUCUGGAAGGCGACUUUAAAGGCGCCGGGCCGGAGCGAAGGGCGUCUCGGUGCCGCCGCCCGGGCCAGGGAGGGGCGCAUUAGCGGCAGGAAGCGAGGUGCGCCGAGGUCGUCGCGGAACCAGCUGGUGACCUCGCAGGAUGAACCACAAGAGCAAGAAGCGCAUCCGCGAGGCCAAGCGCAGUGCGCGGCCGGAGCUCAAGGACUCGCUGGACUGGACGCGACACAACUACUACGAGAGCUUCUCGCUGAGCCCCGCGGCCGUGGCGGAUAACGUGGAAAGGGCGGACGCUUUACAGCUGUCGGUGGAAGAAUUUGUUGAGCGAUACGAAAGACCUUAUAAGCCCGUGGUUCUGCUGAAUGCCCAAGAGGGCUGGUCUGCGCAGGAGAAGUGGACUCUGGAGCGCCUGAAAAGGAAAUACCGGAACCAGAAGUUCAAGUGUGGCGAGGAUAAUGAUGGCUACUCGGUCAAGAUGAAGAUGAAGUACUACAUCGAGUACAUGGAGAGCACCCGGGAUGACAGCCCCCUCUACAUCUUCGACAGCAGCUAUGGUGAACACCCCAAAAGAAGAAAACUUUUGGAAGACUAUAAGGUGCCCAAGUUUUUCACUGAUGACCUUUUCCAGUAUGCAGGAGAGAAGCGCAGGCCGCCCUACAGGUGGUUUGUGAUGGGGCCACCGCGUUCUGGAACUGGGAUUCACAUUGACCCUCUGGGAACCAGUGCCUGGAAUGCCUUGGUUCAGGGCCACAAGCGCUGGUGUCUGUUCCCAACAAGUACUCCCCGAGAACUCAUCAAGGUGACCCGAGAAGAAGGAGGGAACCAGCAAGACGAAGCAAUUACCUGGUUUAAUGUUAUUUAUCCCCGAACACAGCUUUCAACCUGGCCACCUGAAUUCAAACCUCUGGAAAUCUUACAAAAACCAGGAGAGACUGUCUUUGUACCAGGAGGCUGGUGGCAUGUUGUUCUCAAUCUUGACACCACCAUUGCUAUCACCCAGAAUUUUGCCAGCAGCACCAACUUCCCUGUUGUGUGGCACAAGACGGUAAGAGGGAGGCCAAAGUUAUCAAGGAAAUGGUAUAGGAUCUUGAGGCAGGAGCACCCUGAGCUGGCAGUCCUGGCGGAUGCUGUUGACCUCCAGGAGUCCACAGGCAUUGCUUCCGACAGCUCCAGCGACUCUUCCAGCUCCUCCAGCUCCAGCUCCUCUGACUCAGACUCAGAGUGUGAGUCUGGGUCUGAAGGUGAGGGGACAAUGCACCGCAGGAAGAAGAGGAGGACGUGCAGCAUGGUGGGAAACGGGGACACCACCUCACAGGACGACUGCGUGAGCAAGGAGCGCAGCUCUUCCAGGUGACAAGCACGGCUGUUGUGUGCAGGGACGUGCUCACGGCGAGGGCAGGGCCCAGGGAGGGCAGCCUGUUGGGAUCCUACAGACCAGGAGGGGGCUGACGCAUGCCAGAGGAGGAGGACACUCUUGGAACGGGACCGCUCACUCAGCGUUGGCUGCAGUAGCUUUUUCUCUGCUACCUAUGCAAAUUGAGGAGGCUUGUUUUAUCAUAAAAAAGGCAAGAGUGUGAGUGGUGCCAAGAAGACCCUUUACACUAUUUAAUAAAGAUGAGUCCAUUUUACACCUGACAUUUUUCCUUUGGGAGUACCAGACCGCCAUGUUGCUCUCUCCUUGUGGUCUGUAUGGAAAUCGCUUUCCCUGCUGGUGGGUCCUGGUGGUGAGGUGGCAGCUGGAGCAGUGAAUGGGGACCCUGAGGCAGAGCCUCCUACCUCUCCUCCCAGUUUGCUGGGGCUGCUUUGAGUCCUCGGGCCAAGUUGGACAGCAGCAAAUUGCUCAAGUUUUCUACAACAUCUUAAUCCCAUUUCCAAGUUUAUAUUUUCUUUUGAAACAAGAUUGGAUCUAAAACUUCAGAAUUAGUAACAAUGUAUUUGCCAACACCUGCCCUUAUUCCUUUUGCCCACAGCAGAGGGUGUUCAGUUUGCGUGUCUGAGGUCUUCAAAUCUGAGUUCCUGUUUCAAGGUGCUGGUCAGGUUGUUAAACGGGGAGGUUGUGGGAAGGUGAUAAAAUGCUGACGUUUGUAAGACUCUGGGACUUAUGUCCUAACCGGUACAGGUGACAUCAUGUUACCUUUUAUCUCUGAGCAGGUUAGCUUCAUGAAACUUGGGGCCCACGUUCCCUUUCUGUUGUCUUCUCUGGGUUCCCUGGUCCGGCUGUAAUUCUUACUCAAGUGAGUUAACCAGGCUGGAAUGCGAUUCUUGGCCCUGCUGUCCCUUUCACAGCCACACUUAAGGUCUCUUCUCUUACCUUCCUAAGCUGUUUCUAUUGUUAUAUCUGUUAGAUCCAUGCUUGGUAUGUGCCUUUGUGAUUGUUGGGAAGGUUUUUAGAGGCUGUGUGCUGUCCUGCAUACCUGUAAUCUCAGCAACUCAGGAGGCUGAGGCAGGAAGAUCACAAGUUUAAGGCCAGCCCAGGCAACUUUGCAAGACCCUGCCUCAAAAUAAGAAAGGACUGGGAAUGUAGCUCAGUCGCUAGAACUACCAGAACAGAAAGAUUAUUUUAAAGAAAGCCCUGCCAUUGCUUCAACACAGGUCCUUGGGGGUUCUUCUGCUAACCUUCUCACCAGCUUUGUGCCCAGCUGUGCUCUCUCCACAUGCUGAUUACAGGCAGUUGUGCUUCCCUUGGCAGGAUUAGGGACACUUGUGGAGGCCGGGCUCAUCCCUGAGCAGAUAGAGAGACGCUCCUUGAGGUGGCUCCUGUGUACACUGGUGGCUGCCACCCCGCUCAGUUCUCACGUCUUCUGCUCCUACCUUCUCCUCUGUCUUCUUUGAAUUUGGAUCUUCCUUCUCUGGUCUGAGCUCCUGUCUUCAGCCGAAUGCUGGUUUUACUGCUUCCCAAGACUAGAUUGUCAAGUCAGAAAGCUCUGCCAGCUCCGUGACACGCUGGAGCUGCCGUGCUGUUGGGAAGAAGUCCUGGGUUGUCCUGAUCAGAACCACACUGUCGCCACAGGCCGGAGGGGUGCGGUUCACUCAGCGUCUUACUGUGUCUGUCACCUCACUGCUAUUGGUAAGGAACUGCUGCCUUUGUACAAGCAGAGACACUAAGAGUGGCAGGUGGAUGUUGACCCACCUGUGUGUGAACCUGUCGUGUGUAAAAAGUACUGUGAGCGUGUGCUGCCUUCCUGGAUGUCACCACUGGUCCAGAGACCUUCAGGGGCAGUGACCCAGCCGCGUGCCCAGCACCGCCGCCCCUGCUCAGUCCUGCUGUAGGAUUCCUCAUCUUUCUCCAGAAGGCUCUCAAGUUCAGGCAUUUUUGUACUGUGUGUUGGGGGGGUGGGCACAUUCAUGUCUUCUGUUUGUGCAGACUGGGAAAGGUGUUGAUUGUGUUUUUGUCUUAGAACUUGAAUUAUAAAUAGGCCAGGUUCUAAUCCAUGGGUUCCAUUCUUCCCCCAGUGUGACCCAUGAGCAAGAAGCUCCCACUCUGUAAGGGACUUCAUGUCUGGUGUCCCCUUUAUUUGACCUGCAGACAUCAAGUGGGCAACUUAUGUUACAUUCAGGAAAGAAAUUUUGGAAAUGGUGCUUCUAGUCUUUGGGAUCUGUGGAUACUUCUGAAUAGCUCUGGUGGAGUAUUUGGGAUCAACCAGCAGGUUUCCCCUCUUGCCCUCUAGAGUCACCUGCUUGCCUUAAUCUGUUCCUGAAGCCAAGUGAAUUUAAAUCAGAAUAGCAGGGGUUUUCAAGGCCUUGCCCAGUCACACAGUCAGAGGCACCACACUGUUUUGCUGGAGUUUGGGUGAGAGGCGCCCAGGCAGAAAUGUUGGAAUGGUGUGGUGCUGCCUCUCAGAAUCCCCUAAAACAGGAAUGAUCAGAGGACCCAGACAGUACACUCUUAGCAAAUGGGCUGUCAUUUCCUGCCUCUAUGUCCUGUGGCUUUACCCUAGGACGCUGGUCCUCUGGUUUCUCUUGGUACCAGGUUUCUGCAUCUUGAAAUGCCAACGCAAGUUCACCCUGGGCUGGUGGGAGAGCCUUUCUCUUCCUCCGGGGCAGCACCGUGGCUGCAGGUGUCUCCUGGCUUCCCUUCCAGCAGCAGCUCCCUAUGCUCCCGCAGUGGGCAGGACAUAUUCAGGCAUGGGUCAACCCUGCACUGGUAAUCCCGUAAUCCCCGUAGAAAUAUCUGAAUGGUGUUCCUCCUCCUGCUUUUUAAUUUAUUUAUUUUUAAUAGUCUUAUCAUCUUCCAAAAGCUUUUUCUUUUCCCCAGCAUUGCUACUCGGCUUUCUGCUUGUCCUGUACCAAGUGCUCCCCUUUAAUCUUCAGUUUAAAACAAAAAACACCCAAAGGGGCCCCUUUGCCACCAGGGGCAUGGAGGGACACAUUGCCAGUGGCCUGGGAAAUGGGGCAGGAAUUGGAAAGGGAAAGAUCAUGUACUCACUUAUUUCUCCAGAUACCAAAGUUGACUCCUGGUUAUUAAACACCACCAGGAAUGAGGGACCUAGCCACCGCCACCUCUCCUGAAAGUGUUUGGGUGGUACAGAUUAUGUGCUGCUGUUCGACUCUUGCCAGCCCACAGAUAGCUGCAGAGCGUGUUUUAUUGGUUGUAGUCAGGCCAGGGACUCGUCAUUCUCUCCUCCACAUAGUGCCCCGUGGGCCAGCCAGGCACUCUGUUGUGGAAGCAGAGCGGGAGCCAGGGGGAGAACCCUGUGGAGUGGUGAGCAGGUGGGGGAGGGCUCACCUGUCAGUAUUCCCUAGUCCUUGAAUGGUGUCAGCAGGAAGGAAGGAGAGGAUGGCUGCAUCCCUCUGCCAUUUCCAGGGGUUGUUCUCCAAGACAGUGGGUCCUAGGAGAAGGAAUUUCACACCAGUGACCACCUGAUAGGGAGGAGCUGGGUAGGAGCAACAGGAGUGGGGGCACAGACACCUUGAGGGCCUUGGGUCUUCGUGAAUGGGAGAAUCCAGUGCUGCACAGGUCCCCAGAGUGGUCCUGGGAUGUUCAUGGUGCUGCCCUUGAAGGGAGGGCUGCUGAAGCUGGGGCACUGUUCACAUCUCGUUCUACAUGGCUGCCCACUUCUUCAGUAAUUCAAGUGCUCAGCAGAUCUGGUGCUGGGACAAGCCUAGGCCCCUGACCUUAGUGGACAGUGACUGUGUGUUCACCAGGGUGGCUCCUCAGGGCAGGGAGACCCAGCGGGUCUCAUUAGCACCAGCCUGUCUCAUUAACACAACUAGAAAAGCAAGUGUCUGCCUCGCUGAAUGCAGGUUCGUUAGCUCCUCGUGAGGGACCUCAGCUAGCUAACUAGCUAGCGUUAUGCCAGCGUACCUGAGUCUGCCCACGGCUUCUCUGUGAAGUGGCUUAAGGUUUCUAAACUAAGGGUCGGCAGGGGAAGGUGCUGGUGCAAGUGCUUUAUAAACUUAGUCUCGGCCUUGAGCCAAGGACUUUGGACCAGAGUGUGGGAUGGAACAGAACCUUGCACCGUGGUAAAAAGUACUGUGUGGGAAGUAACAGGUGCGUGGGGCUGUGGGUUCUUCAGGCUGUGUGUAGCUUUCCCAGAGAAGUGGUUUUGAUGUGUGAUGGUCUGGCUCCUCCUGCCCAUCCCUUCCUGUCUUUUGUGAAGAUGUUACAUCAUGUUUUCAGCAAAACUAGAUGAAAUGGGCCCCUAGGUGGUGGCUCUCAACUUUGUCUCCUGUAAGUUCAAACCCUUGAAUCCUAGCCCCUGCAAAUCUCCCUGGUGGAGAACCGGCCCUGGCCGGCGGGUGACAGGAUACCACAGAAGAACUGGGCUGCCUCCUGAGCCCUGGGCUUCAGAACCCUGAGCCACCCCUGGUUCUGCUCCCUCUCACUGUGGGCCUGCCAUGGAAUGCCUAUGGGUCUGCCAUUGGAUUGGUAUUUUUAACUUUCACUGGGAUGAAAUUUGUUCAUCAUUUUAAAUAAAGCAACUGGAUUUGGA